AUGAAGUUAACAAUUGAUGCAAGUUUAGAAGAACAAGUUAAUCAAGAGAAAAAACAUUGGAAACAAGUGUUAGAGAGAAUUCUUGCUAUUGUGAACAGACUUGGGCAAAAUAAUUUGGCAUUUCGAGGAGAUUGUGAAAAACUAUAUGAGAAAAACAAUGGGAAUUUCUUACAAAUUAUAGAAUUACUUGCUGAAUUUGAUUCAACUAUGCAAGAACAUGUUCGUCGCAUUUUAAGAGGCGAGACUCAUUAUCAUUAUUUGAGUCACAAGAUUCAAAAUGAAAUGAUACAACUACUGGCAACUGAGGUGAAAAGCUCCAUAAUUAGUAGAAUUAAAGAAGCAAAAUAUUUUUCAGUCAUACUAGAUUGUACUCCAGAUGCAAAAAGUCCAAUAUUUGUUGAUGAGUAUUUUCUAGAAUUCAUAAAAGUUCAUGACACAUCAGGGCUUGGUUUUCUUAAUGAACUUUUAGAUGCGUUGAAUAUUCUUGGACUUGAUGUUGAUAAUAUAAGAGGACAAGGAUAUGACAAUGGAUCUAAUAUGAGAGGAAAGAAUAAAGGUGUACAAACUAGGCUACUUGAAAUGAAUCCUAGAGCAUUUUACACUCCUUGUGCCUGUCAUUCUCUAAAUCUUUUACUUUCUGAUAUGGCUCAUUGUUGUCCCAAGGCUGUGUCUUUUUUUGGUGUGGUACAACGAAUAUACUCAUUAUUUUCAGCUUCUACAAAAAGAUGGAAAGUAUUUAGAGAUCAUGUGCCUGGUCUCACUGUUAAGCCAUUAUCAGAAACACGUUGGGAAAGUCGUGUUGACAGUGUUAAAGCAAUAAGAUUCCAAGCUCCACAAAUAAAAGAAGCUUUAAAUUACUUGGUAGAAAGCAAUGAAGAUGCCAAAACAAAAAGUGAUCCUGAAACUUUAGCAACAUAUAAUAUUCAGAAUUUUGAGUUCUUGGUGAACAUGGUUAUUUGGUAUGAUUUGUUGUCUGCUAUUAAUACUGCUAGCAAGAUCCUGCAAAGUGAAGAUAUGAAAAUUGAUGUUGCUAUCAAAGAGUUAAAGAUUCUACUUUCAUUUCUUCAAAAAUAUAGAGAAACUGGUUUUGAGGAGGCUUUGACUAAAGCUACUGAGAUUGCAAGUAUGAUGGAAGUUGAACCUGUAUUUAUGGAGAAACGAAAAGUUUACAGGAAAAAGCAGUUUGAUGAAAGUGUCAAUGAGGAGGUGACACAAUCAGCAGCAGAGUCAUUUAAAAUUGAUUAUUUUCUUUACAUAAUUGAUCAAGCUAUUUCAUCAUUUAAAACCAGGUUCGAACAAUUUCAGAAUUUCGAGGAGAAUUUCGGACUAUUGUUUGAUUUUGAGAAAUUAAAGUCUGCAGAUGAUGACUCUUUGAAGAAUUUUUGUAUCAAUCUUACAAACUUAAUGAAGCAUGAAAGGAGUUUUUCCAAAUUGACCUUGAUCAAAUCUUAUCUCCGUUCAACCAUGUCUCAAGAAAGAUUAAGUGGUUUAGCUAUGUUAUCCAUUGAAAAGGAUAUAGUUGCAAAACUUGAUUAUGCAAAUUUAAUUAAUACUUUUGCAUCUAAAAAUGCAAGACUUCGAGGAGAAAGAGAAGGGACUAAUUUUGGAUGGAAAGUUUUUACAUAUGAGGUGUUGCGCUCAUGUAUUGAACCUAAUUGUGGGUUGAAGGAAAAACAUGGGUCAAUUGCAACAAUUAGAAAUGUUGUGAGUGGGACUACUUAUGUUACUGCUAAUAAGUACUUCAUUGAGAUCUGCAAUAUGCAACAUGAGCUGUAUGACUUAACAAUUGACGAUAAUGAGAAUGAUUUAUUGAUGAAAAUGGCAACGAGCAUGAAACUAAAGUAUGACAAGUAUUGGGGAAAGCUUGAUAAUUGUAAUGAGGCACUUCUAAUUGCCUUGGUCCUUGACCAAGAUACAAGCCUGAGUAUCUCAAUCAUUACUUUAGUGCUACUUAUGAUGAGAUGA